UGACUUUGACCAAACUGCCCCACAGCAGGAGGAGGAGGGCAAUCCUGUUUUUAUUUUUCUGUCCAGACGGCUGCAGAUAAGUACAAAAACAAAGUGGGAGCAGAAGAGCUUGGGGUCUGCCGCUGCGCCUCAGCCCUCGUCUGGAGCGCAGGAGCCGCUGGCGCGAUCCCGCAGAGGUCUUCUCCACUUUGUCUUCUUCUUCCCAUUGUUAUAAAAAAAGUGGGGGGAGGAGGAGGGCUGAGCUACGAAGGGAGAGACAGAAAACAACCCCGAACAACUGAGAGCAAGUUCAGCGUCAGCGUGUGCGCACUUUACGCACGGGCAGAAAUCUGACAUGCGGGACCGCGGCUGAUUCCUGUCCUUUUGUUGGCUUCCUCCCUUCAGAAGUCACUGUCAUAAUGUCUCGUGCAAGAAAUCUUUAAUAAAAGCCGACGCAGCAUCAUGGGGGCCAAACAGAGCAGCCAGGUGUUUGACGGCAGGACUCGGGCUUACUCCAGCUCAGACCUCCCGUCUGGGAACUCCGGUGGACGGGAAAGGAUUUCGGGAUUGAGGUACACCAACGGACCCGACGGACCCCGAAUCCGAUACACAGCUGGAGGCCCGAACAGCUCCGGGCUGAGUAUCCCGGCCGGCGGCAGGUCAGGGUCACACAAUCAGAGCCUGGAUGGCACAGAUGAGGUGGAAGGCCAGCUGCCCCCCGACAGCCACAGGUUACUCAUAGGCUCUCUGCCGGCACAACUAUCGCCUCGCCUGCUGGGAGGAUUCCACUGUCCUGUUUGCUCCAAGUUUAUGGCAGCAGAUGAAAUGGAGAAGCACCUGCUCAUGUGUUUCAGCAAGACGCGCCUCACCUACAACAAGGACAUCCUGUCCAGAGACUCUGGGGAAUGUGCCAUUUGUUUGGAGGAGCUGGAGCAGGGAGACACCAUCGCCAGGCUUCCUUGCCUCUGUAUCUACCACAAAGGGUGCAUAGAUGAAUGGUUUGAGGUGAACCGCUCAUGUCCGGAACAUCCUGCUGACUAGAUGCUGCAAAACUUCACCUUUAAUCUUCGACACAUUGAAGCCAACUUUGUGCCCUGUUUGGAUCCUAACACUGUUCCAGCUGAGCAUCAGCGUUCCUCAGGGAUUAUUAAAGACUUUUUUUGUAUUCCCUCACAGAGAAGCAGUGAACUUUGGAGAUAUUUCUGCGUGGACUGUGACUUUCAAAGAAACAAAGGUGGAGUUGUUUGUCUUCAUGACAAACGUGAAUGUUCCUCAAGCCGCCUUUUGGCCUCAAAAGGAUGCAACCUUGAGUCUGAUCCAAAAUGUUAUGAAGACCUGGGUGUUUUGCAGAGGAGUUGUAAAUCUUAAAAUGGUGAAAGGGGGUUUGAGCGCUAUGUGACUGCUGAGAGACUUGACCAGACGGCUGAUUUUGUGCAAUAUGAAAAACAGCCAAAACAAAUUUAAAACAGUCUUUAUCAGCUUUAAAGAGUGAAUGCAGUGUUUGACGAUAGUCCGGAAGCUGACUAUCACUGUUGUUUGUAAAACAAUCAUGUGUCCUACAUAAGAUCGUGUAACAUAGUUGGAUUUUAUGAAUCAUGUGUCCAUUUAAAACCACAGAGAUGUGACUGUGUAGCUUAAAGGGGAAAUUAAAAUGAUGUAUCUAAUGAUAAUUGAACUCUCUUUAGGAGUGCCAUAAUGUGCUGCUAUGUUAAAGACUGGAAAGUUUUCCUAUAACCUUUGAACUGUGUUCGUUCUUUCUGUUUGUACUGUAAUGAAUUGCACAAUAAAUUUUUUAUCUGUGUUUUUUCCUGCUUAAAA